ACAAUAAUAGCCAGAAGAAAAAUCAAAAUAAUCAAACGACGCUAGCAAACAUAUGAGACAUUUUAAAGAGAUUAUAAUUACAUCUGUGGUGCGAAACGUUACGAAACGUUCUUUCAUCAGUUUCAUCUUUAUAGCCGUGUGCCUGUGUUAUGAUUUUCGGCCACGGAAAUACUGAUCAUAAUAAUAAUAAUAAUAUUAUACGACAUUUUGUUCUAUAAAUAAUAUAAUAACAUGGUUUAGUUAUUGGCAUAAUAUUAUUUUAUACUCUGUGUUAUCGGUGUUCAUUUUGUAUUUUUGUCGUGACGUAUGUGCAAACUAUCUCGAUUGCCGUGCUGUUUUUUUCUGUUUCUUUUACUAAUAAAUACCUAAACAGUAAACUCAAGACCACAAUAAAUAAGUUUUAUUUUGUACAUUCAACUUAAGUAUGACUUAUCAUAUAGUAAUAUUCAAAAAAGAAAAUGCAGUUGAAGUUGUACCAUCUCAUUGGCUGUCAAAAGAUGGAAUUACUUGUGCUUGGCCACAUAGAAAUUUAGAUCCAAAAAAACAGAUUGAAAAAAAAACAAACCCUAAUACAUCAGAUUUUAAUUGGUAUGAUGUUCGUAUUUUAGCAAAAGAUAUUGCAAGUUUAAAAGAUGCCAAAAUAAAAUGUAGUAAAGCAACUUUUACUUCGGAUUUAUCAGAAAAUGAAAAUAAAGAAACUAGAAAAUUUCGAUGCAAAAUACUUGAUGAUGAUGAUAAUAGUUUUCAUUUAAAAAAAAAAAGAAAAAAUCUUUCCGCACAUAUACAACCGCCAAAACUAUCUAGUCCUCCCAAAUUAAUUGCUGAUACAGACAAUUCAGAUUAUGAUGACUCUGAUACUGACCGUACAUUUGGUCUUCCAAUUAUGAAUUCAUGUAUUAAGAAGUCUCCAAUAAAACAUUUUGAAGUAAAAAUGAGUGAUAAGCAACAAAACAUGUCAAAAAACAAUAUUUAUCGAUCUCCUUCUCGAAAGUUAUCUCUUGAUGGACCAAGCUCAAAUAUUAUUAAAUUAAACUCACCAUCAUCAGGAAAAUGGAAAGUGAUUGAUAUUAAUAAUUCAAGUUCCACUAAGUUUUCAAGAAGAAAGCUAAAUUUUGAUUCAAUGUCACAAAACAUAAAUGGGAACUGUAAUAGUAAUCGCCGUGUCAGUCAGUCUCCAAAACAUUUUGAAAACAUAAAUACAGAUUUGCUUAAGUCCCCUACAGGAAACUGGCGCAUAAAUGAUCAUAAUAUUGAUGAUGUUGCUACUACUCAAGUUGAUUUUAACACGUCACCCAUGUCUUGUAGUCUUAAUACUAACGAAGUCUUAGCUAUUGAUGGUUUAAAAAGUACUUUAAUAAAUUUGACUCGUUCUAUUACAAACAUCAAGUAUGAUAUGAAAAAUUGUAUGAUAAAAAUUGAUAGGAUUGAAAAUAUGUUGAGUGAUAUUCAUACAAAUCAAAAUAAAUCUUUCUCAAAAGAAGUUAAUUAUUUUGUCAAUGAAAGUAUUUAUAAAUUCCCAAUGACAAAUAUUGAUGAGCUGAAUAUGUUUGAAGAAAAAUUAGGUGACAUAGAAUUUCGUCAGAAAGUGAUACAUUACUUGAGUAGACUAGAACGUGAAAGUGUUUCAGAUAUGACGCGACAAAUAAUGUCCAAGUUAUUUCAUAAUAAUUUGUUAUCAAAAUUUUCGUAUGCAGGACAAAAACAAAAAAUGGUCUUUGCUACUUUACAUUCCUGUUCUAUCAUAUUUGAAACUGUAAGAAUUGUACAUAAACAUCGGAAUUGCACUGAUCAAGAAAUAUUAAAGCCAAUGAAGUUUUUCAUGGCAAAUGCAAAAUUCAGAGAAGAGAAGAAACAACAAAAACAUCACUCUUUUUAAUUGUUAUUAUUCAUAAUUUUAAAUGUUUUAUUUUAUAAGCUAACAAUAAGAGAAUUGUCAUCAGUAUAGUUACUAAAAGAAAAUUGUAAAUUACUUAUAAUAUACAAUUAAAAGUUUAUUUUAAUUCUAA